UUCAUUGACCUUCUCUCUGUUUUCUGAACGAUCUUUUAAAGUGAAAGAGUGGACGCCGACACCGACCAUGUCUUGGGUUUUCUGGAACUUUAUAUCUUUGUUUGUCACCCACAGUGUGUGUGCAGAAGUCUUCCUCAACACUCGAGAUGCUAAUCAGGUUCUGAUUCGUCAGCGGCGCGCAAACUCCUUGUUCGAGGAGAUGAAGAAGGGGAACAUGGAGCGCGAGUGCAUUGAGGAGCGCUGCAAUUAUGAGGAGGCCAGAGAAAUCUUCGAAGAUGUUAAAAAGACGGAUGAGUUCUGGCACAAGUAUGUUGAUGGAGAUGCGUGUCUGUCUCACCCGUGUGUCAACGGUGGCCAGUGUAAAGAUGCGAUCGGGCCGUACACGUGUUUCUGUCAGCAAGGGUUCAAGGGCUACAACUGCGAGAUCGUGAUUCCUGAACUCUGCGAGAAUGAAAACGGAGGCUGUGAUCAUUUCUGUGAGGUGAUGGAGAAGAAUGUGGUCUGCUCGUGUGCUAAUGGAUAUGAACUGGCCCCCAACGGGAAAUCCUGCCAGUCUCAGGAUCCAUUCAAAUGUGGCGUCAUUUAUCCAAAGAAGACCAGAAGCAUCUUCUUCCACACGCCGAACAUCACCGAAAGCGAGAACGAAGAAGAGACGGAGCUGGAGGCCACCAUAGAGCCGGUCUACAACCACUCGAACCCACUGAACAACCAGACCGACAGCAUGUUCGGGCUCCACGAGCUGGAGAUUAUCGAGGAGGAACCAAUCCUACCGGUGGUGUCCACAGCCGGAGACGGGAGGAUCGUGAACGGUGUGGAGUGUCCACCUGGAGACUGUCCAUGGCAGGCUCUCCUCAUCAAUGAAAAUAACAUGGGCUUCUGUGGCGGCACCAUCCUGACCGAACACUUCAUCCUGUCGGCCGCGCACUGCAUGAACGAGUCGCUCUCCAUCAGGGUGGUUGUAGGUGAGUACGACACGCUGGUCCCUGAGGGUCGCGAGGCCACGCAUGAUGUAGAUGAGAUUCUGAUCCACAAGAACUACCAGCCUGACACCUACCACAACGACAUCGCCCUCAUCAAGCUCUCGAAACCCAUCAAAUUCACCAAAUACAUCAUCCCCGCGUGUCUGCCGGAGAUGAAGUUCGCUGAGCGUGUGCUGAUGCAGCAGGAUGACGGUCUGGUGAGCGGGUUCGGCCGCGUGCGUGAGGGAGGCCUGUCGUCCACCAUCCUGCAGAAACUAACCGUGCCGUACGUCAACCGCGCUAAAUGCAUCGAGUCCAGCAAUUUCAAGAUCUCCGGCCGCAUGUUCUGCGCCGGAUACGACCAGGAGGAGAAAGAUGCAUGUCAGGGGGACAGCGGCGGGCCGCACGUCACGCGCUUCAAAAACACCUGGUUUAUCACAGGUGUGGUGAGCUGGGGCGAAGGGUGCGCGCGCAAGGGGAAAUACGGCGUCUACACACAGGUCUCCAAAUACAUCAUGUGGAUCAAUAACGCAAUGACGAAAGUCAUGCCAGAGACCGGAGCGUCUUUAAAACCCAAAGCAAAGCGAGAGCUGCGGCACAAGACACCAAUAAGAAGAGUCUGACUCCUCUGAGGAAAGCCUCAUCUUUCAUAUGCAUUUAAUUACUCAGUCCACUAACAGCACAGGGCUCAAACUCAACUCCUGGAGGGCCGCUGCUCUGCACAGUUUUGCUCCAACCCUACUCAGACACACCUGAUCCAGGUAAUCAAGGUGUUCAGACUACUCUGAGUGGAUCAGCUGUGUUUGAGUAGGGUUGGAGCAAAGCUGUGCAGAGCUGCAGCCCUCCAGGAGUUGAGUUUGAGCCCUGUGCUUUAAGGGAGAGUUCACCCAAAAGUUACUCGUCCUUUACCAGCUUCUAGUUUUCUGUUAUAAAACAAAAGAAGAAGUUCUGAAGAAUGUUGAACACCUUUAUCUAUUGGUUUUUAUUCUUACUAUGGAGGUCAGUGGUGUAACUUAAAAGUAUGAAUAUUAAUAAUUAAUGAUAACAAGUUGCAAUUUAAUUAUGAAUAUUUUAAUUUUAAUCGGAUUUCAUUACAAUGGCUACAGGCUUUUGGCUUUCUUUAGAAUAUUUUCUUUUGUGUUUAAAAGAAGAAAGAAACUCUUAAAUGUUUGGCAGUAAAUAGUGGGUAAAUGUAGAUUUUUGGGUGAACUGUGGCUUUAGUGUAAUCCUCAUGUGUAUUAAUAUCAUGGUAUUUCUAGUAAAAUCACAUUAUGGAGGUAGAAUGGUUCAUCAAUGCUUCGACCAUCAUCCAGAUGAGAUGUCUGAGUUUUAAUAAAGAUGAUAAACUGAUUCUA